CCACGCCUUCCUCUUCACUCUCCUCUGGCCUCUGCCCACACCUCGCGCCGCGCCCGCACCGCAGGUCCGCAAGCAAUGGCCGAUUCGCCAAACCCUAGCUCGGGCGACCACCGCGCGGGCGCCGGGGGCUCGCCGGAGAAGCAGCCCCCGGCGGAUCGGCGCGUCGCGGCGCUGGCCGGGGCUGGGGCGAGGUACAAGGCGAUGUCCCCCGCGCGGCUGCCGAUCUCGCGGGAGCCCUGCCUCACAAUCCCCGCGGGCUUCAGCCCCUCGGCGCUCCUCGAGUCCCCCGUCCUCCUCACCAACUUCAAGGUUGAACCCUCUCCAACAACUGGUACUUUCAGCAUGGCCGCAAUUAUGAGCAAGAGUGCAAAUCCAGACAUACUGCCUUCUCCUAGGGAUAAAUUAGCUGGUAAUGCCCAUGAAGAUGGUGGCUCUCGAGAUUUUGAAUUCAAGCCUCACGUGAAUUCAUCUUCUCAAUCAGUGGUUCCUGCUCUCAACGAUCCCCAAAAGCAUGAACCUUCUAUGCAAAAUGAAAGCCUAAAUACGGCAGCGUCAUCUAACGAUAUGAUGAUUGACAAUGUACCUCCGUGUUCUCGUGAGUCAACUCUCACAGUUAAUGUUUCAAGUGCCCCAAACCAACCUGUUGGUAUGAUUGGUUUGACUGACAACGUGCCUGCUGAAGUUGGUGCAUCUGAGUUGCAUCAGAUGAGUAGCUCUGGAAAUGCUAUUCAAGAGACACAGCCUGAAAGUGUGGCUGAAAAGUCUGCAGAGGAUGGUUAUAACUGGCGCAAAUAUGGGCAGAAGCAUGUUAAGGGAAGCGAGAACCCGAGAAGUUAUUACAAGUGCACACAUCCUAACUGUGAAGUAAAAAAGCUUCUUGAGCGUUCGCUUGAUGGUCAGAUUACUGAAGUGGUUUACAAAGGGCGUCACAAUCACCCUAAGCCCCAACCCAAUAGGAGGUUAUCUGCUGGUGCAGUUCCUCCAAACCAGGGUGAAGAAAGAUAUGAUGGUGUGGCAGCUACUGAAGACAAAUCUUCAAAUGUUCUUAGCAACCUUGGUAAUCAAGUACAUUCAGCUGGUAUGAUUGAACCUGUUCCGGGCUCAGCUAGUGAUGAUGACAUUGAUGCUGGAGGUGGGAGACCCUACCCUGGGGAUGAUGCUACUGAGGAUGAUGAUUUAGAGUCAAAACGAAGGAAAAUGGAAUCUGCUGCUAUUGAUGCUGCUUUGAUGGGUAAACCAAACCGUGAACCUCGUGUUGUAGUACAAACUGUUAGUGAGGUUGACAUCUUGGAUGAUGGGUACCGCUGGCGCAAAUAUGGCCAGAAAGUAGUUAAAGGAAAUCCCAAUCCACGGAGUUACUACAAGUGUACAAAUACAGGAUGCCCAGUCAGGAAGCAUGUUGAGAGAGCAUCACAUGAUCCUAAAUCAGUUAUAACAACAUAUGAAGGAAAACAUAACCAUGAAGUCCCUGCUUCGAGGAAUGCAAGCCAUGAGAUGUCAGCUCCCCCCAUGAAGCCUGUUGUUCAUCCAAUUAACAGCAGUAUGCCAGGCCUUGGUGGCAUGAUGAGAGCAUGUGAACCUAGGACCUUCGCGAACCAAUAUGCUCAAGCAGCCGAAAGUGACACGAUCAGUCUUGAUCUUGGUGUUGGAAUCAGCCCGAACCACGGCGAUGCCACAAACCAAUUGCAGUCUUCAGUUCCUGAUCAAAUGCAGUAUCAAAUGCAAUCCAUGGCUUCUGUAUACAGUAAUAUGGGACUUCCAUCAAUGCCAGUGCCGACUAUGCCUGGAAAUGCCGCUAGCAGUAUAUAUGGUUCGAGAGAAGAAAAGCCUAGUGAAGGUUUUACUUUCAAAGCCACACCGAUGGACCAUUCUGCUAACUUAUGCUACAGUACCGCUGGCAAUCUAGUCAUGGGUCCGUGAGAGUCUAAUAAUGCUUAUAGCUCCAAGAAUCAUAUAUUACCAGUGCUUCCUAUUGACACAUCUCUUCAGAAAGAUGCUCAACUGUGUAUCAUUUACACAUCAGAUGAACCGGAGGCAAGAGCUGUACCUGUGGGUUACAGCAAACACACACAUGGGUCUUCUGGAGCGGCAAAGGCCUUGUUGUAUACUUGUAUGUGGCAUUGGCCCUACAUUCGUUGUACAGUGAACCCGUUAAGAUUAAUUAGAUUAUGAGAAUUUGCUUUUCGUUUAACU